AAGCAGAGGAAGAAGAAGAUGAAACGAAUAACACCUCACCUUUUCAGGUACCAAUAAUCAUAGUACUCAUCCUGCUUUUGUUGUCCUUUUUGGGAGGUUCAAGAAGAAGGGUUUGUGUCAAGCCACCAUAUUGUCAGUUUUGCUGAUAUACCGUAAACCGUAGGCAAACAGAAUCACAACUGCAAUGAUCCACACGAGAGUUUAUGCAUGAUCCUUGUGAUGAGAAAUGGUGUACCGUCUGAUUUACAAUAUUAAAGGGUUGUUUAUAAUAUACUGUACAGAGUACCCAUGAUACCGGUGCACCACAUUUAUUGAGUGCAUGGUGGAAGCCAGGAAGAGAAAUAAACUAAUAUAUGUAAUAAACAAAGAAAUAAGAAGAAAAAUUAGGUGUAUGAUUACGUGUUUCGUUUAUUUUAUUUUCAAAAAAAUAAAAUAUAAGAUUUUCCAUGCAGUGAUGUGAUCUAGUUGGUUGAGUAAGGUGUAUAAAUUAUUAUAAAUUUCUUGUUAUUUAUGUUUGAUUUUUAUAAAUAAAAAAAUAUUUUUUUUUCAGAGAAUGCUAUCAAUAAUGAAAACCUAAGAAUUUAUGAGAGAGAGAAGGUCAAGGGGAGUAGAAAAAAGAGGAAAACCGGAAAAGUGUGACUUUAUUUUUAUAGUAGGUAAUGGCCCAUCAAUCAUCAAUUACCCAAGAAUGGCCCAUAUGUCCCCACCACACUAGCUCCAUUAUUUUUUAUGAUAACUAUCUCUGAUUCAAUCUAAUGCGGUAUCAGUUUCAGCAUUGAAGUGUGGACUACCCAUAAUUAGCACUAGUUAAAUUCUAGCAGAAAUGAGGCGCAUUUGAAGAAGUUGGACAGAGACAUCUAAAAUGCGUUAAAAAUGCAAAUAGUGUUGUUUGAGGUAAUCAUUUUUUGUUGAACAUUGUAGCAAUCACUUGAGUGGGAAGUGGGCGAAAGAGACACCAAAGAAAAAUCAUACUUUUGAUAUAAAUCGGUACCAAUUUUUCUCUCUUCAGGUCUAUAUCAAUUUAAGUUCUUAUGAAAAUAAUCACCAAGUUAUAUAAAAAUCACCAUCCAAUUGAUUAAUAGUAUAGAACUUUUUGUUCCAUGUAUUCAAAUUAAACACUUAAAGUAGUUAUUACAAAACUCGUAAUGUUUAAUUAUGUGAUCGUCUAUAUGAUUAAAUAUUUCUGUAAAAACAUUUCAAUUAAAUUCUUACAAAAAAAAUCUCAAAACAAUAAGAGAUUAAAUAAAAAUAUUUCUAAAGUGCUUGACAGUAACUGAAAGCUGUCAUCUGCGGGCAAAAUCGGACAAUGCUCAUAAUGUGCAUUUACACAGUCCAAGUUCCAACCUAGCAGAUCAAAGUCAAUUAAAUUAAAACUCCGAAAAAUAACACACAUUUGUUAUUGUAUGUUGUACAAGUAGCAUGCCAAUACCAUUAACUUCUUCAGUAAGGAAAUUCUCUAACCUCUUUUUCAGAAGUACCUCUCUUGUCUUGACACAUUUCAGUUCCACAAAUCAAACAACACAGAAUCACUAACAGAGUACAACUUAGUUCCACAAUUAGGCCACCCACCAAAUCGGUCACUCACUCCUAUGUUUCACUUUGCUUUAUAAAAAAAAAAGUCCUCCAAGCUUCUCACUUCGGAAUUCCCCGAAGACCAUAAAAUUCAAUGGCUUAUGGUAGAAGCAGAGCCUCCUCUGUUUUGGAUGGCUUCACUCUGAAUCCCCUGCCGUAUCCUGUUCUGUUAAUCUUAUCGCUGAUCUUCAUCUUCCUUGGCGUUUCAUGGUACUUUUCCUACGAAGAAGUGGUUGAAACUGCUGAACAACAAUUGGGUUGGUUACUUUUUUGCACCCCUGUGGUGCUAAUUCUCAUAGUUCGUUGGUUAUCAUCAAUGGAAAAUUCAUAUUGGUUCUUCUCUGCUUCAUUACCGGGGGAAAGGCGGGGGCGAACUCACCAAGGCUUUUCAGAAGGGAGCUCUCCAUGGGGUGUGGCUGCUUUGAUCCUGGUGUUGCUGAUAAUGGUGCAAUAUCAAUCCAACUUUCUGGAUAGCUGGUUUGUUUGAUUUGGAAUUUUUUAUCUUGUUUUUCUAUAGGUUGGUUUAACUUUUAUGUGCCUUUUGAUUUUUGGUUUUUAGUAACUACUAUUAGUCUAUGUAAAAAUCCUUUGAGUAGUGUAAUUUGUAAAUAUGUAGAUACAUAUGUGAUGGUGCUUGUAUGAAUACAUGAAUCAUAUUCAAGGUGAUUAGGUGAUUCUCAUAUGGCUGUGUCCCUUCCGAUUGAUGGCAAAGAUAAGAUGAAACUGAGAGUCCGAGUUAAAUUCUAAGGUGGUGAUUCUCAUAUGGCUUUUGGAAAAGACGGUUGCUGUUUGCAUUUGUUCUUUUAAGUUAAAUUUGAUUGAACAAAAGCAAUUUCACAAGUCAUGACAAAAUGAAACAAGUAUUUCUAAUAUGAGUUUUAAGAAACUUAUUGACAAACCAAACUUCACUCAACACUCGGAUAAAAGGAAGGGGAAGAAACGCCAUCGUCAUGAAAUUAUGGAAUUCCUCUGACUCUACAAGCUUGGUCAUUCGCACCAGUUUUAUUUUAUUUUUUAUUAUUCAUUCGGAUCAAUUCAAAAGAAAAAUGUCCAGAUUAUUUAUGAAAUUAUUCUUCAC